AGUUGUGUUGUGGCUGUAUAUAAAAUUCCUUUGCUUCAACUAUCUAGGUAACAAAACAGUGUAAAAAAACUUAACUCUCAACAAAAAAAAGUGCGAGGCAGCCAAGUAAAUGGCGUCUCAAGUUGUUUUUUAUUCGAUAUCAAUGUGUUUCUAACAUCUUUGUGUCGCUUGUAUUGGUAUCGUGACAGUGAUAUUAAUUUAAUUAUUAUCUUUAAUGUUUCAUUGAACAGUUGUGGUUAUUUCGUCGACGUUUCACCAUUUGCCGUGAAACAAUGGCGUCUAAUGAUUCCCACGUAAAAGUUAAUGAAAAUUGUGAUAUCUUGGACGAUUGCUACAGUUCAUGCAGCGAAACAGAUGCCGGUGAAGGUACCAAGCGCCGUAGAGUGACUCAUGACUAUCGAAAACUUUCGAAAUUGGGACAUGAUCCAAGUGUGUCAACUAAUUUAAAACAUGCAACUACUGUUUUCAAAGAUCGAAAGCGUAAAGGCAGUACGGAUUCCAAGGAGUUGGCAGUGUGGGGUGAGAAUGCACGACCAGCCAAAUGCAGCAAGAUAUGGCCAGUGUUUGACUCCGGAGGGUUCGGAGAUGCUUCAAUGUUAACUCUCCACAUUGUGCAGAAAUCGAUACCAUUAAAGAAUCCGCUGUUGUUUAGUAAUAACAGUCUGGGUAUAGACCUCGAUAACAUUCGAUUAGAUUGGUUCGGUGGCAUCAAUACUUCAAAGAAACAAAUGCAUCUCUCAAACACCAUUCCCAGGGAUGAUCUCACUAAACGCAUAUACUCUUCGGUGUCGAAGCAGCUCAGGAUAAUAAACACGCAUCUACAGAGAUCCAUGUUCAGAUACAAGUAUCCCAAAGUAACGAGAGCUAAUGUUCUGUUGGAGUCCUCUACUUCCAGACGUCUGUCGACACACUUCAGUUUGUCACUGAGAGCUAUAAAGUUCCAGUCCACGCCCAGGAGGCAGCUGCCGUGCUAUGGGAACCUGGAGCUACCUCUGAAGAUGAAGCAAGAGAUAUCCACACAGUUCUAUCCAGUGAUCAGUAGGAGCUUACACACGGAGAGUGACCAUAGUGAUGUUAAAGUGAAAGUUGAAAGGGAACUUGUUAAAUAUGAAGAAGAGAAGGAGAAGAAGAAAGGAGACAGAGAGAGGGAGAGGGAGAGAGACAGAGAUAGAUCGCAUUCAUCUCGUCACUCGUGUCAGCAGUGCAAGCGUCGCGCCAAGGUGAAGAGGUGUUCCAUAGGAGUCCAGUGCAGGAGGGAGCGCGCGCCGCCGCUGUGGGGUCCGCGGGCACACAGCCUGCAGCUCAAGGAACUCAAGUAUCACAGACUGAUGCGUGUGGAGACUCAUCCUAACGGCGGCGCCAGUGUAGUGUACCUUUACCAGCACGACGUGGACAUGUUGAGUGCAAUACAGCAGGAGGAGCUGGCCAAGGAAUUCUUGAAGCUGGUGUUCUCGGAGGACAGCGAGGGCUGGGCUAACUACGUGUGUGGUGUAGUGCGAGGUGCCGCGGGCAGGCUGCCGUGUCUUCUGCAGUACCUCGCGGAGACCUACCCCACGCUCACCGUGAAGGCCGGAGUCCUCGCCAGAGCCUCGGACAUAGAGACCACCACCAUCAGCAGAUACUACCAACAGGUGCAGCAGUCGUACCUGGCGGGCACAUUCAGGUCUGGACCUCUCCAUCAGAUAUCAUUAGUGGGGACGGUGCAUGAAGAAGUCGGGGGGUACUUCCCGGACAUGCUGGACAUGUUGACGGAUUGCCCCUUCCUUAAACUGACGAUGCCGUGGGGCCCGAUGUCCGCGGUGGAGAUGGAGCCGCAGGAGUCCAACGACGGACCCAUACUGUGGAUCAGGCCGGGGGAGCAGCUCGUGCCCACGGCGGAGCUAGGAAAGAGUCCCAUUAAGAAGAGACGAACCGGCAUGAACGAGCUCCGGAACCUGCAGUACCUGCCGCGGUGGAACGAGGCACGGGAGUUCCUGUUCGAGGACAGGACGCGGGCGCACGCCGACCACGUAGGACACGGACUCGAUAGGAUCACUACGGCAGCCGUCGGCGUGUUGAAGGCGGUGCAGUGCGGAGACUGUGAGCGCGGCCGCAUCACCAAGGACGUGGUGGCCUUCCACGCGGCGGACUUUAACAAGCUGGUGCAGCUGCUGCAGCUGGACCUGUACGAGCCUCCCAUCUCACAGUGCGUCACGUGGCUAGAAGAGGCAAAGCUCAACCAACUGCGGAGAGAGGGAGUUCGUUAUUCGCGCCUCCCUCUGUGCUCUGAUGACGUUUACUUCCUGCCUCGGAACAUCAUCCAUCAGUUCAGGACCGUGUCCGCUGUGACGUCCAUCGCCUGGCAUCUCCGUCUGAAGCAGUACUACCCCGGCUCUGAGGCGUCUUCUCCGGCCGACGAGCGAGCCGCGCCCGCCACGCCCAGGGACGACCUCGCGGAAAAUAAAUCAACGAAACAUAAAAGCGGGGUCAUAGAGAUGAGGGCGCUGAGUGCCAAGUUCAAAGAGAAGGCGGCUUUGAAGAUAACGGAGAGCAGGAAGAGCUUAGACGAUCAGAGUAAAGAUAGACAGACGAGCAGGGCAGAAGACAAGAAGGAGAGACGGACAGAGAAACAUUAUAGAACAGAGAAGAUAGAGAAAGGCGAGAAACACUCCCACAGGCAUAGAGACGCUGAGAAACAUAGAGCCGAGAGGUCGGAUAGGACGUCCGAUAAACAAGACGUGAGAACGUUGGAUAAAGAAAAUAAAGUUGACAAGGCUGAUAGAAGUGACAAAGGAGAGCGGCCGGAGAGAGACAAGACGGAUGCGAAGGUCACAGAGAGGAGUGAACGUGCUGAGAAAAGUGACAAGUCGGAUAAGUUGGACGGAAAGAGUGAGAGGACAGACAAGGUCGAGACGAGAACUGAGAGAACGGAUAAAGAAGAAGCGAAACCUGAAACGUCCGAGAAACUUGAAGUGAAAUCCGAAAAAUUUGAAGUGAAAUCCGAAAAAUCCGACAGAACAGAGAAACCCGAGCAGAGGACGGAAAAGACAGAAACCAGGACAGAGAAAGAGAACAGGACGGACAAAGACGAGCGAUCCAACAAGUCGCACGCCCACAGGAAACACUCCUCGAGACACAGAUCGUCACAUCACAAGGACAGGUCGAGCGACAGGAGAGAGCACAGGAGACACAGGGCGGGCGACAAGAAACAAGAGAGGCACGCGGAGAAGAGUGACAAGCUGGACUGUGACAAGUUACCCAGGGUCGUGCACCGCUCACCCGACUAGUGACCCUGGCCAGCGACACAGGACCUUGUGACACACACAGACACACGCGGCAGUAGACACAAUAGUACUGUUGUUCCAUUAUAUUACUCAUAACACAUCGCCCGGGUCACACCCGGCAUGUAGGCUCCUCAACCUCAGCUCCUCAACCAAACUACUAUGUCUGUGACUAAAUUGUCCAAAUCUUACUUGCCCGUCGAUGAAGCGUGUUUGUCACAUUGAGAGUCCGGUCGGGAGAUUUGACCUCCGACCGCACAAGGUUCUAAUCACGAGGAAUUAACGUAACAUAGGAUCAACCUUGUAAAUAGUAGGAUAAGGGUCUCGUAGAGGCUACCGAGAGGACGGAGGGACGCCCAGUUUUAGACAGUUACAGUAUUACGAGAAGCCUCCGUAUGAAACGUGGAGGAGUUGGAUCGUCGCGCCUUACAGUCUGUACGGAGAGCGAGAGAGAGAGAGAGAGCUGGUUGUAUAUUUUUGUAACUUCUAAAACUGCGUUAUGAUUGUGAUGAAAGAGUUUUAAUGAACACGAAAAUAUAAUAAGUGAAGCGAGGAGAGUUCACUCACACACUUCUAAAGAAACUGCACUUAAAGUUGAAAAUAUAUUAAAUAAGUUAAGGCUAGAGUAAUUCUUUUGUGAUUUUUAUUAAAUUAUUUAUUACGUCCCUUGUCGGAGGAAGCGACCGCUCGGGUCGUUUGUUUAGAGGAAGGUGUAUACGAGGGCCAGACUAGCGACGACCGGGUACGGACCUUAAACACGACCCACUCUAAGGAGCUCGAUACACUCUAGUGAUAUAUAUAUAUAUAUUUUGUUUUUGUAAAUUUAUACAAAUAACAUUCGAAUGAUUCGUCUAUUUUCCUUGUCUUUAUCCGACUAAUAUUAUUUUUGAGAUGUCUGGAAUAUUUUCUUAAAUAUAUUUUUACUGGAAUCGUAUGAUUUUGUAUGAGUAGUCUGUCAGCCCUCUCACUGACCGUUCCGAAGAGCCGUGAAGAUCGCGUGACUGGAGAAGUAAACAAUGAAGACACCACUGAAUGUUUGUACCACAGUUGAUUAUUAAAUUUCAAUAGAUUUCUA